UAAACAAAUUUGACGAAUUUGCGAUACCCUCCAAUGCUAGUCAAUUGUUUGAAUUGUCAGAAAUUAUAAGAUCAUUGUUUUCGUUUAAGAAUUACGUUAUGAACCUUCAUGACAAUAUACAAAAUCUGCUCAAUGGAAAGCAUCGAUUCAUACAGAAGUUUCGUCAUUGUGGUAAAAUUGCUACCAAGAUAUCUCCUAAGUAG